AUGCCAUUCUUUCAGUCAGGAGAAAAGAGGCUCUUCUACCAUCGUGUAGAUGCUGGGGCCGCUCAAAAGGCCGCAGCGCCGACACUGGUCUUCAUCCACGGUCUGGGAUCAUCACAUGCCUUCUAUGGCUCUGUGAUGAACCAGCUCGCAGGCGCGGGCUACUCAAGUGCUGCACUGGAUGUCCAUGGCAGUGGCAUGUCCGAGCUUGCACCGGGAAGCGCCGGUCCUACAUUCGAGUCGAUCGGGAAGGAUGUCGAGUCGCUCCUCGCCCAUCUCAAGCUCGCUCCCGAGCAGGUCAUUGUCGGAGGGCAUUCGAUGGGCGGCAUUGUCGUCUCCAAUCUGGCCGCACAACAUAACCUGAAGGGUGCAGUGCUCAUUGGACCAGUUCUGCCGAAACCAGCACUUGGGGAGAUAUUCACGGCCAGGAUUGCCAAAGUGCGGGAAGCCGGUAUGGAGGCUAUGGCAGAUACGAUUCCGGUCGCCGCCACUGGUUCUCGAUCAACACAAACCCAUAAGGCUUUUAUUCGAGCUCUUAUCUUGUCGCAAAAGGUAGAGGGAUAUGCUGGAGUCUGCCAAGCCAUUGCACAGGCAGAGCGACCCCAGUACAGCAAAGCGAAGUCUCCCGUCCUGAUACUAGCCGGCUCAGAGGACAAGACGAGCCCUGUGGCGGAUUCUCGGGUUAUUCUAGAAGAAUGGGGUUCGGAUGACAAGUCCAAGAGGUUGGAGAUACUCGAGGGCGUUGGUCACUGGCACUGCAUAGAAGCGGCAGAUGAAGUAGGAGACAAGAUUCUGAAUCUUCUUUCUCAAUUGUCAUGA